GACACCCCAUCACACUCGGCCAUUCCUACCUUCCCUCGCUCGGAUUGAAGACCUGACACCAGGAGGUGUCCUGAGGCGCUCGAUAGAUUUCUUUCAGAGUCAGAGAGAAAAAAAAAGACCAGGCGGAUGUGCGGAGUUUCGCUGUUAGUGGUGAACUGGGCAAAAGGAACUGAAGAAAGGAUCUGUGAUCCUGGAAAGUGUUCUCACUGAACUGGGGAGAACGGGGCUUUGCAUUCCUCUCUAUUCACGCAUACACACACGUAGCAAUAAUAAAAAGAUGACCGUUCAAGGCGGUUCUUUGACACCUUUUACUAUCCAGGACAUCCUCACCCGGGGGACUGACGCUCGCCUGACUCAGAACACCCUGAAAACCGACAGCCACCCGCCCUGUCCCCCGAGUAAAGGCGAAGGGGACAGACCCACCCCUCUGAUCGUCCUCAGAAUCGACCAGGACCGGGGGAAAGAUACUUUAACCGGCGGCUCGGUGCAGGAGCAGCACCGGCAGCCCGCUACCGAAGGAGAGCCGGGGCCCAGGAAUAACGAACGGGGUCAUCUGGACGCGGAGUCGCUGAACGAGGAGUCGGGAGAAGCGAACAGCUGGGAAAACAGCGCCGAGAAAUUCAAUAGAGAUGGUGACCGUCAAGGCGGGACAGAUGAUGAGGAUAAACCGGACAAAGCUGACCAGCCGAGCAGGUCCGGGAAGAAACGUUCCCGAGCCGCGUUCUCCCACGCUCAGGUGUUCGAGCUAGAGAGAAGGUUUAAUCACCAGCGAUAUCUCUCAGGCCCCGAGAGGGCAGACUUAGCGGCCGCUCUCAAACUCACAGAAACCCAGGUCAAAAUCUGGUUUCAGAACAGGAGAUACAAGACCAAGAAGAGACAGAUGGCGGCUGAGCUGGUCGUUAAUUCUGCGCCCACGGCUGCCAAGAAAGUCGCUGUCAGGGUUCUGGUUCGAGAUAAUCAGAGGCAGUACAGCCCGGACGAGUUAGCGAGUCCACAUUUACUCUCGAUAUACCAGGCCUAUCAAUACUAUCCCUACAUGUACUGCCUCCCAGCUUGGCCUCCGAACCUCAUCCCACUCUGUGGAGGAACUCAUUGAACAGCCAAGCAGGGCGAGAUCAGAAUGGCAAUCGAAAAUAACACAAAAAAAUUCAACAUAAAGUGCACCAGCAGGUUAACCCUUGCAGUUGGUCUGCCAUCAGGUACCAAUCAGUGAGAUUGCACUGACACAGAGGAUUCUCGCUGUUUUCUUCAGUAUUUGGGACAAUUUUUUUUUACAAUGCCAAAGGUGCUUUCCUCCGAAUAAUUCGUACUUUAUUUGGGAGGGUUGGGGUGGGGUGGGGACUCUGAGACCCCUAGUGCGAUUUCACACUGGGAUAACAACAUAGCUCGUCCACGCCAGUUUAAAACUGGUUGCUAGUUGAUUGUAAUCGGUUGAUUCACUAAUCUUACUGGUUGUACAACUGCCCAGUGGCACAUUUUUAAAAGUCAAAAAUAAAACAAUGAGAAGAUCCAAACUUUCCUGGAGAGUUUUGAGGCGCUAUUUCUGACGAACAUUUGACUUUUGUUCUUUUUCUACAUUAGAAAAUAAAUGGGAGGCGUGUGGUUUUAUUAAAGAAUGGUUUCGUUUUCAAAAACCAACCGUCCGGAAGGUGUAUUUUUGUUUGCACUUCUUUCUGUAAGUAACAACUAUGAACGGAAUGUUAGAGUAUAUAUAAGUAUUUAACAUUAGCAUCCAAACUUCAGUUGUUGUAGAACCAAGACUUUCAAAGGGCGCCCUGUCGCUAAAAUGGCAACAAAGUCUGUUCGUCUCUAUAUUAUGCUGUAAUGCUUGAUUUAUUAAUCGCUCACAGCUUUCUAGCUCAUUUUAUAGACUUGUCCAUUUUAAAAAUAAAACAAU